AUGAAGGUUCCUGUGAUACUUCCACAGCAACAGGAUAUUAAAACGCUGCUGAAGCAGAUAAAUACAAAAGACAAGGUCUCGAAAGAUGUUCGUAUCCAAGCAUGUCAUGAACUUUACCGUGGUCUAACCUGUUCUGAUUAUGACAUCAAUGACAUCAAGAACGAUAAAAAAGACAUUCUUGGAGAGUUGGCUGCCGUUAUACAUCCAAAAUAUGGUAGUUUGGAAGUGAAGAAAUGGUGUGGACGCAUAGCUGGUAUGAUUGGGGCAAGCUUGGUUGAUGAGUUUGAUGAAUUUGUCAAAUGGACUGAGACUCAGUUGAAAUGUGCGAGACCGGUUGCUGAAGAAGAACAAGCAAUUUUUGUUUCUGCAUUACACUACGCUUUAGUUGAAUUAAAAUCGAAACGAAUUCGCUUGUCGGAUCAUUUUGCCACGAGUGUUUUGAGAAUUCUUGCUGAAUUUCUCGACUUUUCCAACUCGCACCUGGUGUUUUUCCCAAUACUCGAUGUUUGCCGUGAAAUGGCUGAAGAAUACCCACACGUUUUCGAAAAUUUUUUCGAGGAGAUCAUCGAUUACUUGGUUGGAUGGGACCUAGAAACUUCAAUGCCAUCGUCUGUGCCGAAAAAGUGUCAUGAAGUCAUCAAGUCGCUCCUGCCAUUUUGGCACAAAAUGCCCGACUUCGGUCACCAAAUGAUGUCACAAUUCUUGGACGACAUCGGCGGAUACGUCGAGGAGUAUGAAAAGCACGGGGGUCUUCGCAAUUGCAUUAAUAAAGCUUGCUCUGUCCUGGAACUCCUUGUUGUGCUGAUAGAGAUAUAUGUUCAAGAUCGAAGUUGUAUUCAGCAGUUUUACUGGGAUGUUGUACAGCAGUCACUGACCUCAUGCAGCUCCAGCAUGGCUAAACUUGGAUCCGAGCCAUCCUUUCGUGUAGGAGUGUUCCUAUCGGAAUACUGUGGAAUUUUCUCAACGGCUGUGCCGAUUGUUGAUGCACAGAACGUUCACAUCGUAUCAAGAUGUGCAACAACAGCAGUAGAGAUAAUGCACAAAUUUCGCUACAACGAAGCUGCCGUAAUCAAUUGUAUCAAAUAUUUCACCACGAUGUUCACAGUUCCAUCCUUACCUGCCGAAUUCACAGUUCCUCUUAUUGAAAGACUCGGGAUACUGGAAAAUUCAGUUUUCCAACUAUCUGUCUGCGGCAGUCACGAUUAUUUUUUAUCGAACUCUGAAUGGCUAGUGCAGAGUAACUCACCCAGUUGUAUGUUUGCCAAGGAACAGUUGUUAGCCAUUGAACGACUUUUGAAUUCGCAUAUACAGUGGGAGCAAACAAAGGCAAUGUGCGUGAAAUGGUUGCAUGGACUUCUGUCGGGUAUCGAUGAUUCUGUCAUGACGACGUUGUCAUAUCGUCCCGAGUUUGUUCGGAUUCGCUGGGCCAUUCUGAACGCGAUUAAAUGCGGUUGCAAUGCGUUUGAAUGUGCAUUGCGCCACGGACAACCAGAAUGCGGUAGCUAUGACGAAAUCUGUGAUGCUGAAGGUGCCAGUCUUGGCAUUGAUAUCACUGACGAUAACCUUGAAUAUAGUUUUGUUCUUUCUGUAAAGCUUUCUACGUCUACAAUUUUGGCUCCACGCAGCUUCGCGGAGAUCUGUGGUGAAAACCGUUGGAUGCAGCAGAGGAGCAGCUAUCUGGUCCAGUAUUGA